GGAGUUCCUGACAUGUAUGCAGUCGUCAGUUCUCAAAACAGGUUCGUGGUUGAGAGUGUAGAAAGUGUAUGGAAUAGAAACUGAAAUAACUAUUUUGUUGAGGUUUUGUGAAGAAGUGAAACAGUCAGCCAUAUGAACUCCUGAGUAGGUUUGUAGCUGAUGAAGCUCUCACUAUGGCGUCGAAUAAGCGUCCCUUCUCUGACGAGGACUUCACGUGCCCGGUGUGUUGUGACGUCUUUAAGGAGCCCGUGCUCCUGUCGUGUGGUCACAGCGCGUGCGACAGGUGCGUUCACCGGUACUGGGACAUCAAAGGCUGCCGGGAGUGCCCGCUGUGCAGGAAGCGCUCUGCGAGAAACCCUACCGUGAACCUGGCUCUGAAGAACCUGUGUCAGACCUUCCUGGAGCUCCGAGGUGAUCCUGAGACACUCUGUGACCUCCAUGGAGAGAAGCUGAAGCUCUUCUGUGUGAAUGACAGACAGGUCGCGUGCUUGGUCUGUAGAAACUCCAGCAAACACCUCCAGCAUCGCUUCAUCCCUGUCGACGAAGCAGCUUCUCAGUUUAAGCAUGCUGCUACCCGUGGACUGAAUAAGCUGAACUUAAAAACGAAGAGCCUUGAAGAGGUCCACUUUCACUGCCAUCAAAAUGUGGAUCACAUAAAGCAACAGGCCGAGUAUAUAACGAAUCAAAUUAAUGAGAAGAUUCAGGAACUUGUACAGUUUCUGAUCGAGGAAAAUGCAGCCAUGUUGAAGAAACUGGAGGAGGAGAUGCAGGAGAAAUUGCAGACGCUUGAAAACAAAAUGAAAAACGUCAGACAAAGGAUAAAGGCCACCUCAAGCAUUGUUAGAGUCAUAAAAAAAGAUUUACAAGCUGAAGACGUCAUAUUCCUAAAGCACAACCUUAAGAAGUAUCUGCCAAAAACUCAGAACAGAAAUUCAAAUCCUAGUGUGACUUCAGGAAAAGCACCCAAUGUUGCAAACAAACUGGAUCCAAAAAUGGCUUCAAAAGAAGUGCUUGAUGUUGCAAAGUACCUGGGUAAUCUACAGUUCAGAGUCUGGAAUAAAAUGCAGACUACUAUCAAAUACACUCCUGUUGUUUUGGAUCCAAACACAGCUCACUCACAACUCGUCCUGUCUUCAGAUCUAACCAGCAUGAGAGACAUUGAUGAUGACUAUGAAGACAAGGCUGACAUGCCCAGACCACCAGUUUUGGACACUCCUGAGCAGUUUAGGAGUUUGUGUGUUCUGGGCUCUGAGGGUUUCUCUUCAGGGCUGCACUGUUGGGACAUCGAGGUGGGAAACAACACCUUCUGGAUGCUCGGCGUGACCACUGAGACCGUACCGAGAAAAGAACCCAAUGUUUAUCCCAAAGGCACUUGCAGUAUUGGGUAUGAUGGUGAAAACCUGUGUGUUCGGUCCCCUUUGGGAGUGUACACUCCUCUCCCUUUGGCUGCCAAACCCAAAGUGGUCAGAAUUCGUCUGGAUAUGGAUUUUGGGGAGGUGUGGUUCUUAGAUCCUGCCAGUAACACCGUUCUCCACAUGUUCUCGCACCACUUCACUGAGAAGGUCUUUCCAAUUUUCCACAGCAUGUGUAGUCUCUCUCCUUUGAAGAUCAUGCCUCUCCGGUGUUAUGUGUUGCUGGGAAACAUCCCUUAAUGCUCAUGUUUGUACAAGUGAUGAGUGGCAGUGGCUUAUAUUCUCAAUUGUAGUGCAAUUUUAAAGUUGUAAUGUAUUUAUUAUAUUGUAGCAACUUGAAGAACAAGUAAACCAGAUCAGGGUACAGUGAAGUUUGUCGCUGGAAGAAGGACAUGUGGAGAUGUAGAGAAUGUGGAGUAAAGUACAAUUCAACUGUACAUGUUAGUUUUAUAUUUAUUUACACUACCGUUCAAAAGUUUGGGGUCACUUUGAAAUGUCCUUAUUUUUGAAAGAAAAGCACUGUUCUUUUCAAUGAAGAUCACUUUAAACUAAUCAGAAAUCCACUCUAUACAUUGCUAAUGUGGUAAAUGACUAUUCUAGCUGCAAAUGUCUGGUUUUUGGUGCAAUAUCUCCAUAGGUGUAUAGAGGCCCAUUUCCAGCAACUCUCACUCCAG